GCCCCCGGGGCGGGCGGGUGGCGGCUGUUCGUCGCCCGGUGCUCGCUCGCUCGCUCGCUUAGUAGGCGGGCGGGCGGCCGGCGCGAUGUCCGGCGAGGAUGGUCCGGCCGCGGGCCCGGGGGCGGCGGCGGCUGCUGCGGCCGCCCGUGAGCGGCGGCAGGAGCAGCUGCGGCAGUGGGGGGCGCGGGCGGGCGCCGACCCGGGCCCCGGCGAGCGGCGUGCCCGCACGGUCCGCUUCGAGCGCGCCGCUGAGUUCCUGGCGGCCUGCGCGGGGGGCGAUCUGGACGAGGCUCGCCUGAUGCUGCGCGCAGCGGAUCCCGGCUCCGGCGCUGCGUCCGACCCCGCCGUCCCUCCGCCUGCCCGUGCCGUGCUCGACUCCACCAACGCGGAUGGCAUCAGCGCCCUGCACCAGGCCUGCAUAGAUGAGAACCUGGAAGUCGUUCGCUUCCUGGUGGAGCAGGGUGCUACUGUGAACCAGGCAGACAACGAGGGCUGGACGCCUCUGCAUGUGGCUGCCUCCUGUGGGUACCUGGACAUUGCCAGGUACCUCCUGAGCCAUGGGGCCAACAUUGCUGCUGUCAACAGUGACGGGGACCUGCCUUUGGACCUGGCUGAGUCAGAUGCCAUGGAGGGGCUGCUGAAGGCAGAGAUCACUCGCCGAGGUGUGGAUGUCGAGGCAGCCAAGCGGGCUGAAGAAGAAUUGCUGCUUCAUGAUACAAGGUGCUGGCUGAAUGGGGGUGCUAUGCCAGAGGCCAGGCACCCCCGGACUGGGGCUUCUGCCCUGCAUGUGGCUGCUGCCAAGGGCUACAUCGAGGUGAUGAGGUUGCUACUCCAAGCUGGCUAUGACACAGAGCUCCGGGAUGGAGAUGGCUGGACACCCUUGCAUGCAGCAGCCCACUGGGGUGUGGAGGAUGCCUGCCGUCUGCUGGCUGAGCAUGGCGGGGGCAUGGAUUCGCUGACCCACGCGGGGCAGCGUCCCUGUGACCUGGCUGAUGAGGAAGUGAUGAACCUUUUGGAGGAACUGGCUCAGAAACAGGAGGACCUUCGGAACCAAAAGGAAGGCUCCCAGGGCCGAGGCCAGGAGACACAGGUCCCUUCAAGCAGUAAGCACAGAAGGAGCUCUGUGUGCCGUUUGAGCAGCCGAGAGAAGAUCUCCUUGCAGGAUCUAUCAAAGGAGCGCCGGCCUGGUGGGGCAGGAGGGCCUCCUAUUGGAGAUGAGGAUGAGGGAGAUGAAGCCUCAGCUGAGCAUCCAGCUGUGGAACCAAGAGCCCUUAAUGGUGUGUCUUCCCCUGUGUCCUCCAACCCUAAGAGCCCUGUGCUGCCAGAAGAGGCUCCCUUUUCCAGGCGCUUUGGUCUCCAGAAGACAGGGAGCACUGGUGCCUUGGGUCCUUCAGAAAGGAGGGCUACAGAGGGAGUUCUCGGUCUGCAGCGCUCAGCCUCCUCCUCCCUCCUUGAGAAGGCCUCCACUCAGGCCAGGGAGCCCCGUCUUGCCAGAAUAACCCCUACCCCUGCCCAGAAAGUGCCAGAGCCCUUCACCCUGUAUGAGGCUGCCACGCCUCCUUCUCUGGAUCACUCUGUUCCACCCUCCAGGAGGGAGCCUGGAUCCCUAGUGAAGCCAAAUGUCCUCACAGCCUCUGCAGCGCCCCUGGCCGACUCCAGGGACCGUCGGAGGUCCUACCAGAUGCCUGUGCGUGAUGAGGAGUCUGAGUCUCAGCGGAAGGCUCGCUCCCGCCUUAUGCGACAGUCUCGGAGGUCCACACAGGGUGUAACUUUAACAGACUUGAAGGAAGCAGAAAAGGUGGCUGGGAAGGUCCCAGAGCCAGAGCAGCCUGCCCUGCCCAGCCUGGACCCUUCUCGGAGACCUCGGGUCCCUGGUGUGGAGAACGCUGAGGGCCCUGCCCAGAGAGCAGAGGCGCCCGAAGGGCAGGGCCAGGGACCACAGGCAGCCCGGGAGCAUCGAAAAGCUGGCCAUGAGCGGAGGGGGCCAGCAGAGGGGGAAGAGGCGGGGCCUGCGGAACGGAGCCCAGAGUGCAGCACUGUGGAUGGCGGAUCCCAGGUCCGCAGGCAGCACUCACAGAGAGACCUCGUUCUAGAAUCCAAGCAGGAGCAUGAGGAGCCUGAUGGAGGCUUCCGGAAGAUGUACACGGAGCUCCGCAGGGAGAAUGAGCGGCUUCGUGAGGCCCUGACAGAGACCACCCUGCGUCUGGCACAGCUCAAGGUGGAGUUGGAGCGGGCCACGCAGCGGCAGGAACGCUUUGCUGAGCGGCCCGCCCUCCUUGAACUGGAGAGAUUUGAGCGCAGGGCUCUGGAGCGCAAGGCAGCAGAGCUGGAGGAGGAGCUGAAGGCCCUCUCUGAUCUCCGGGCUGACAACCAGCGGCUCAAGGAUGAGAAUGCAGCAUUGAUCCGAGUCAUCAGCAAACUAUCCAAGUGACUCUGGAGGAGUUCCCGCACCAUAUUUAUACUGCUGCUUCUGACACACGCACCCUUUCCCCCGCGUGAACAUGAGUGACAGGGCUCUGGGGGAAAUUGCUGAGAAGCCAUAACCUCUCGGGACCUCAGAACCGGGAGGAAAGCACAGAGUCUCCAGGAACCAAGGGGGACUCUUUGAGAUCAGGAUAGAGAUGGGAGGCUGACGUUGCUGAGAGUGGACAGGCACCAGAGAGGGACCAAGAAGGAAGCAAGGACCAAGAGACACAAAGACCGGUAUCCAGAAGCAGAGUGGCUGCCCCAGGACCCCACCUCACGUGUGAUGCUCCCCAGCAGGGACCCAGGAAUGUGCCAAGAGUCCCCCUGGCCUCUGCCAGGUGGGCCUGUAUAUAGGGUCCAUGUGCAAUAGGGAGGGAUGUCUUCUAUUUUUGCUGCCUCCUCCCUACCCAUUGUCUGGGGAGGGGGAGAAGGUAUUUUUGAGACAAAGCACAGGCACCAUAAAUAAAGUGACAUUGCCACUCAGU